CUAAAAUUGGAGUGUAUACUCUCUUGUCUGAUGACGGAUUAAUAUAGUUAGUGGUUUUCAAUAAAAGCUGUGUUGAUGUUAGUUUUAUGUCACACACUUAUUAAUCUCGGAGUAACAACGUGGUGAUCGCGCAAUGAACAACUAAUUUAUCUUCCGUAUUUAUUAUUUUUUUACCAACUAAAGUGGCUUCCACUUGAAAACAAAAAACAAUAAUAACCUGACAAUAAUGCAUUUAUUUAGUUAUUAAUUUAAUAGUUAAUUAAUUAAAUAAUUUAUUUAUUUAUUUAUUUAUUUAUUAGUUGCGAAUGCGAAUUUUAAAACUGAGUGCUGGAUAACUGGAGACUGGAGAAUUAAAGAGUGUUUGUGUUUGUGUUGAAGAAAGAUGGCAGCCGCAUUGACCGUCGAGCAGGAACAAGCAACAAAAGAAUUUAUUGAAGCGGUAAAUAAAUGUCGCGCUGGUAGAAGAGCAAGCCCGGUGUCCUGGAGUACGGCUGUUAAAUUUUUGACAGCACGUAAAUUUGAAGUACCACGUGCAUUAGCGUUGUAUGAACAACACGAGGCAACAAGACGUCGUGAAGGUUUGGCAACUCUUCAUCCAACUCAAGAGCCACUUCUUUCAGAAUUACGUACUGGUAAAUUUACCGUACUGCCAUCAAGAGACGGUACAGGUGCAGCAAUCGCUAUUUUUACAGCACACUUGCAUCUACCUCAAUGUACAACUCAUCAAACAACUCUUCAGGGAGGGUAUCCGGCUAAGUUGAAAAAAGUCCUGAUUGUGACGGCACCGCUGUGGUUCAAGGCUCCGUUUAAAAUUCUACGUUUAUUCGUCAGGGAAAAAUUACGGGAUCGUGUAUUUACAGUGUCAAUACCUCAACUGACACUUCAUAUACCCCGAGACUCGUUGCCUCAACGUUUAGGCGGUACUUUGGAGAUACAGCAUGAAGCCUGGCUGUUACAUUGUCUCAAGUCCAUGACGAAUCGUAGCGGUGGUGAAUUGUGUGAGGUUACCCCGAGAGUGGGUAGUCCUCUAUCACCGACAUCAAAGUCGGCAGCAGAAAGCCCGACAAAUGAAACAACAAACAAUGUUGUCAGCAGUAGCAACUCAACAAGUCCAAUAAGCGAGAAGCACAAAAUAAAAAAUGGAAGCGUAACAAUCGGCGACAUUGAAAUAACAAAUGGAGACUGCUGGAUAGCAAGUGAUGAAGCGCCGUCACCAGUCCAGCCGCCUUCAUCAGCGAGCUCCGGGUUCAGCGACGACGACAGUCUCCACGGGGACCUGGGCUUGCAAGCAGUGACAAUGGAGCAGCUCGUUGAGGCAAUUCACUCCCGCGGACGUGCCGGUCUAGUAGCUGAGUACGCGGAAAUAAGACAAAGGCCUCCCGAUGGUUCAUUUAAUAACGCGAAACUGCGUCAAAACCAGCCAAAAAAUCGAUACACCGAUGUGCUGUGCUACGAUCACUCGAGAGUUUGUCUGUCUCAAGUUGACGGUGAUCCUUCGUCGGACUACAUCAAUGCCAAUUUUGUGGAUGGUUACAAACAAAAGAACGCUUUUAUCAGCACCCAAGGACCAUUACCCAAGACUUGCGGGGACUUUUGGCGAAUGGUCUGGGAACAGCAGACUUUAGUCGUUGUCAUGACUACCAGAGUUAUUGAACGAGGACGGACUAAGUGCGCUCAGUACUGGGGUCCUGAGUCAGGUGAUGAAGUGUCUGCCGGUGGUUUUACCGUCACGACACUUGAGGUUGACACUAAUCCGGAUUACACGAUAUCUAUGCUGCUUUUGACCAACAACAAGACUGAAGAAACCCGUGAAGUUUGUCAUAUGCUGUACACAGCUUGGCCAGACUACGGAGUACCACAAUCAGCCAGAGCUCUUUUACAAUUUCUUUCGUUGGUGAGACAACAGCAGACCAAACUGCUUGCUAGCAGGGGAGAUACUUGGGCUGGUCAUCCUCGAGGACCACCAAUUGUAGUACAUUGUAGUGCUGGAAUUGGUCGUACUGGAACAUUUUGUACAUUGGAUAUUUGUAUAUCUCGCUUGGAAGACACAGGAACCGUGGACAUACGCGGUACAGUUGAAAAAAUCCGAGCCCAGCGAGCUUACAGUAUUCAAAUGCCAGAUCAGUAUGUGUUUUGUCACCGCGCUCUCGCAGAAUAUGCACUUUCUCGGGGGAUGCUGGAGAUUCACCAUCUUGCCAUGUUACCACCUACCAUUGAGGAAGACUCUGACUAGGUUACCAGAUUAGUAUUUUAGAUAAUCAUCUCGAUUGUAUUCCAAUUGUUCUCUCCCGACCUUCUGAAUCUUUACAUCAGCCUGAUCCUUUAAUUGAUUAAUAUAAGUAUUUAAAACUAUCGGCUCUCUAUUAAACAAACCGGUGAUUCAUUUGCAAAAGCUGUUUCUAGUCUUGCUAACUAAAUUAUUUUCCAUUAAAAAUUCAUUUGUGUAACCAAAGAAUAUUUUUUUAUCAACUUUAAAAAAAAAAAUCCAUCAGGAUUUUAUUGAAAUUUUUUAUCGACUUUUGGUUUACCAGUUAUCUAUCGACACGCGUAAUUCAUUAAUUUUAAU